CACCACGGAGCAGUGCUGGCAGCUACCAGGAGCUGCAGAGCCCCUCGGUGCAGCCCUGGGCGCUGUGUGCCGCUGUGUGCGCCAGGGCAGCUUCCCAACUGGCGGCGGUGACUAAGCAGCCCCGGAGCAGCUGCCUCAAAGGUCCAUUCUUCUGUGAGAGAUUUAUUGCGGCAAGCAGAGGCGCUGGGAUGUGAUAAUUGCCUUCAUUCCCGGACGAAGACCCUGAAGAACAAAAGCCAGUUGCCCGUGAAUCCAUGGUGUGAUUCAAGCAUUCGCAGAGGGAGGAGUGGGAACUGUGCGCCUGUUGCUGUAGCAAAAGUGAAUGGGCAUUAAUCAAAAGGGCAGCUCGGCCCUGCGAGGCGGCUGCAGCGCUGCCCAUGGCGCUGCUCGUGGCCCUCCAGCCCUCGCGUGUUCCGAGCCGGCCUGUCCCGGCCCUGGGGCUGCUGCGGGCCCGGCCCUGAGGGGAUGCCAGCGAAGUGAAGCUGGGGGACGUCGCUCCGGGGCUGCGCCGACGGUGCCGCUGGAGCUCCUGCCUCUGAGCCUGUCCCGCUCCGCGCUGUAAUCAUCCCUUUAGGGCUGAUCUUCUUCACACGGACCUCCUGAGCACGCUCCUGUUCGACGCUCGCUGCUAUAAGGAUCCCCGAAAGGGCUGGAAGCUUGACAGUUGGUCAGCAUGAGAGACUUGAGACCUGAUUCUUGGUUCUUCAGCUUUCUGGUUGGCAGUCUGUCCAGGACCCUCUUUACCUCUGCAGCCCUUGCCGAGAAUCAGACUUCUAAAGAUUUUGUUCCUGUCAUGAUAGAGACCUUGAGACAUGUGUAUGAAUAUGUGCCCACUGCUUUGGACUGGUGGCAUGCAGAUAGGUUCUGUGACCAGCGCUUUGCUCAGCUGCUUUUUGAGCCCCCAGACAGCGAGCAAUCAUCCUUCAGCAAACUGCUGCAGUCCCACCACAUCAGAGGUUCUGUCUGGCUGAACGAAAGGGAUGGGGUCCUGCACAAACCAAAAUGGAGACGGAACCAUAUUGUGCCAGUCCUGGUGUUUGGAGACAAAACAGACACAAAAUAUGUGAAGGUGCUCUCUGACUUCCCAGUGCUGCCUGCUGUCACGGCCUGUGCCCACCUCCAGUGGGACACCAGGACUCAGGAGAUUGCUACUGUCUUCUCCUAUGCUGUGCCAGCUUUUAUUAACGAAUUUCAGCUCCGUGGCUUUGUUGAUGAGGAAGGCUUUGUUAGAUUUGCUCUCAUUGUCCAUGGGCACCAUUCCCCAUACCUGCCUAUGUUCCGUGCGGAUGGACAGUGGCAUCACUUCUGUGUGACCUGGCAGCAGGAAAACGGGACCUGGGCCAUCUAUGCUGAUGGUAAAAGGAGGGCGUCUGCGAGCGGUCUGUAUGCUGUGGGGCUGGCUGCCCCCCAGGCCAUCUAUGGCCAGGGCACUUUCAUAAUUGGGCAGGAUCAAGAUUCCCUGGGGGGCACCUUCAAGGCAAAGGAGUCCUUCAGUGGGAACAUCACAGACUUGCAUAUCUGGCAGAAAGUCCUGAGUGUGGAGCAGAUUGAGAAUGUUCGGUCAUGCUGGAUGGUAGAACAAGAGCUUGUGUUUGGGUGGAGCUUGAAUGCUCUGGAGAUUGAAAGCACUGUUGAGGAAGUGAUUGCACAGUUUCUUUGCCCAGGGCCUGUUGAAGAAUGUCAAGUUUUUGAAGUUGGCAGCAGUGGAUUCCGCCACACAUCUUGUUUGCAGUCUCUGCCUUUUAUCUGUCGCUACAGAAAGGAUGCAUAUUGGCAACUAAAAAAAGCUCAGCUGGAAUCCAGCCAUUUGCUUGUCAGCCAUGUGAACACGCUUGCAAAGAGGAUGAUGAUCCCUGAGAACAUCUUUACAAGUAAUGUCCGAGACAUGAACCUCUCUGUUGCUCUCGGUACUCUCGAUGUCCUGGCAACUGUCCUGAGGAAAGAAGAGACACCUGUGGAGUCCUCUGACCUCCUCAUGGUUCUCCAGUUACUAAAGCAAGUUGCUGAUGUGGAAGUCCAGGAGAGAGAGGAGCUGGAGAUGCUGGAGCAGUUGGGCCAAUAUUAUGUGGAAGUGACUGAGUUAAUCCUGGAAGAGCAGAAUAUUGAAAGUUGGUCAUCCAUCAGCCAGGCUGUCAGAGGUCCUAUGGCUGUAGUUGAGCUCUGUGACAGAGUGGUGUCACUCUUGGCCCCGCUGCUGAACUCAGGGAGGACAAAGAUCACAAUCCAGCAUCAGAAUGUUGGGAUGGAGGUCAGGAAGCUGGAGCUAAGCAGUCAGCAGCUGAGCACUGAGACAUACCUGAUCCAGAGCCCUGAGGAGGACAGGCCUGACUUCAUUGAAAUUCCUGUUGAAGAGAUGCAAAGACUGAAAGCCAAAGGUCUCCGCAGGGUCACAGUGAAGAACAUGUGGUUUGGCUACGGCUCCCUGCAGCGCUGCCUGCCUGGCCCAGGCAGCAGUGCUGCCUUCCAAGAUGAGGCUGCCUCUGAUGGAGGACAGAAGUACCUGAGCACUGCAGUGGGCACUGCUGUCAUUUCAUCCACCGUGCUCAGCGAUUACCAGGAGAUAAGUACCUCUGUGCGCUACCGCCUGCAGCACCACAGCCAGGACCUGCCUGAUAAGCUGGUGGGGCCCAUCUGUGCCUUCUGGAACUUCAGCCUCAGCCCAGAGGCUGGUGGGAUGUGGUCAACAGCUGGCUGCUCUGUGGUAACAUCUCUCCCAGACUCCACUGUCUGUUUCUGCAACCACACCACAAACUUCGCUGUGCUGCUGCAAAUGUAUGAGAUAGAGAGGACCACCAAGGAGGAGCUCACACUACAAACCUUGACUUUUAUCGGAUGUGGAGUUUCCUUCUGUGCCCUGGUUGUUACCUUCAUUUUAUUCUUGGUCGUUGGUGUCCCCAAGAGUGAACGAACAACUGUGCACAAGAACCUGAUCUUUGCAUUAGCUGCAGCUGAAGCUCUGCUCAUGUUCAGUGAAGUGGCCAAGACCAACCAGGUGCUGUGUUUCCUGGUCACUGCCUUCCUUCAUCUCUUGUUCAUGGCAGCCUUCUCGUGGAUGCUGGUUGAGGGGCUUCUCCUGUGGAGCAAGGUGGUAGCAGUCAACAUGAGUGAAGACAGGAGAAUGAAGUUCUACUAUGCAACAGGCUGGGGCCUUCCAUCCAUUAUCGUGGGAGUGACCCUCGCAACUUCCUUCAAUAAUUACGUGGCAGACAACCACUGCUGGCUGAACGUUCAGACCAAUGUCAUUUGGGCCUUUGUUGGGCCUGUUCUCUUCAUCCUGGCAGUGAACACCUUUGUGCUUUUCCGGGUGGUGAUGGUGACCGUGUCCAGCGCUCGCAGGAGAGCAAAGAUGCUGACACCCAACAGCAGCCUGGAGAAUCAGAUUGGAAUACAAAUAUGGGCCACAGCCAAACCCAUCUUGGUGCUGCUGCCCGUGCUGGGACUGACAUGGGUGUGUGGGAUCCUUGUUCACCUCAGCAUCGUUUGGGCCUAUGUCUUCAUCAUGCUCAAUUCCCUCCAGGGCCUUUAUAUAUUCCUGGUCUAUGCAAUCUAUAACAGUGAGGUGCGGAAUGCCAUCCAGAGGAUGAAGGACAAGAAGAAAGCACUGUCAUUCACAAACUGCUCUCAUCCCAUCAACUACUUAUCAAGUCCAAGAAACACCACCUCCUGGGAGACUGGGAAGCCAAGUCCUGCAGUGGAGAGUGCCCCUUCAAACCCUGUGCAGAAAGACCCUCCAAUGAAGAACAUCACCAGCAGAGGCAACUUUGGAGGCAAAAUUCCCAUGGGGAUUUCAUCAGUCAUGUCACCAGAGAGACCGGCUGUAGAGCUGACAGCAUUCAAAUCCUCAGGUAAGCCCCCAGCAUCUGGUUAAAAAAAAGCACAGCCCCGAGUGCACUGAAGAUGGAGCCCUCACAGUGCCCGUGACUUGGGGUUAGGAGAACUGGCCGGUCCCCAGGCCAGGCUUGGCGCCUCCCCUCUCCCUGGGUCAGCAGCCACACGACUGCGGAGGGAGCAGCAGCUGGAGCAGGCCCACGUGUGCACAGCUCCCUGCGAGCCUGGAGAGCAGCUCUGCUCGCACCCGGGGCCACGGCUUGGGCUGUGCUUCAGCCUGAGGGUGACGGAGAAGAUCUCCUUGAACCAGAAGAGCCCUCCUCUCACACUUGUGUGCAUGCAAGGCAGUGAGCACAGCGCUGUGCUGCUCUGCAAGGAGGCACGGGACUCAAAGAUAAGUGCUUCCAGCCAUUAAACAUACGAAGUACAAGGCAGCAGUGCCCAGCUGCAGUAAUGUUGGGAUGACCCCAGGGCAAAGCGGCAUUGCACAUGGUCAUCUCAGCUUGUCUGGCAAAACAAAACGCUGUGUAACUCUUGGGGAAAAGCUGCCAGGGGAGGCAAGCCAUAGCCCUCUGUGUUUGAUGGUGGUUGAGAGACAAAUCAUCUCAAUGCUUUCUUCUGUUUGUUUUCUACCCAAAUAGUUGAAUGCAAAGAGAGGUAUUUUGCCCCAAAUGUGUUUAUUUGUAAACUUCCAGCCAGCUCUAUUGCAGAUCACCACGGUGCCAGCAGCAGGACUGCAGGAGGUUAUGCAGAGAUACAGGAGGAUUCUGCCUGCCCCUGCCCAAACCAGGAGAUCAUGUGGGCAGGAGUGCAGGGGGAAGCUGGGGGCUGGCAGGACCUGCUUGCAGCUGCCCAGCAAAGUGGUGCUGGGCCUGAGGUAGAAUCUAUCUGCCUCACCCCAUUGCCAUAACUGGGUGCAGCCAUGCUCUUGCUCCCCAUGCAAGGGGCACCAGUGGGGUUCAUGGCUCGGGACAGAAGGGCCCAUGACAACAGUUCGGUAUGUGUGAGGGUGAAGGCAGAUUGAGCCUAGGUAAAGGCCAGGCCAGGUUCUGAAGCACUCAGCAUGUGGUUCAUCAGUGUGGCUGCAGCACAGGCAGGCAGGGGCUGAGCGCUGCCCCCACAGCCCUCCCCCUCUCUCACCCCCAGUAUUCGGUCUCCCCCUCCAAGGACUCAAUUCACUCGGAGGGGCCGCGUGCUUUCCGCAGUAAUGAGCUCCAGCCCAGCUGUACAAAGAUGCGCGUUGCACGGAGCACUCUGCUCAGAUUCAUUACACCCAUUAUGUAAGAAGGGGAUGGCCGGGGGGGUUCACAUGUUUGCACAAACAAUGAGUGCCGUCUUCCUUGUCUUGGUGAACAAGAGCUCCAAGAGGCCUCCACAUCCUCCAUCUCUUCAAGUGAUGGCUUCUUUGUUUCCCCACGAUAAUUUCAUUAUUCGGUUUGAAUACAUUUAUAUGUUGCUAAGCCACACAUAGCAACAUGGAUCUUGUCUCCACGGCCCAGCCUUUCUGUGAUCAAUAUUGAGUAUUUCUGCAACUCUCGCAAUACUGACUUCAGUGGGAUUUCUUUUAAAAUAACGGGGAGAUGGCUGAUCUCAGGGAUCUGCAGCCAGUCGAGCACUGGGUGUGCUGUGGGUGCUGAGGUAAUGCCGACCCACUGGGCUGCCCCAACCCUCCCUGCCCUGGGUGCUACUAUCCCUCAGUGCUGGGCAGAGAGGGGCCUGUGCCUUGAUGGGGAAAGAGCAGCCCGUUCAGAAUCAGUGCUCUAUUCCAUGGUACCAUUGGUAUUUUCAUUAAAUCUUGCUGAAACCUUUUUUCAGUGCAUUCAGAGCUGAUGGUGCCCUGUGCAGUGUGUAUGGUGUGCUCAUUGCUGAGCAGCUGAAGGAGAAAUCUCCCUGCUCCUUGCCUGUUCCCCAGGGCUCCUGCAGGGCGUGAGGGAGCCACCCUGGCCCCUCUCCCAGCCAGCGCGGCUCAGCCCAUCUCUCUUU